AUGGCCGCCUGCUUUUCGAUGUGGUCCAAUUUAACAAAGAUUUCUUCUGUUUUCUCUCAAAGGAAAAUACAAAUAAGAUUUUUAAAUGGCGAAUCUCAUACACUGCAUAGUCCUGUCAUGACUCGUGAAUGUAUAGGAUUCUUAUCUCCUAAAGAUGACGAGGUAUUUAUUGAUGCGACAUUUGGUGCUGGUGGUCAUUCAUGUGCCAUAUUAAAAUCGGCCAUGUGUAAAGUCUUUGCUGUUGACAGAGACCCUAUGGCUAUUGAAAUAGCACAAGUACUUUCCACACGACCUGAAUACAAAGCAAGACUUGUGCCAAUACAUGGGAAAUUCAGUCAGUUAUUAGAACUAGCAAAAUAUAACCAGAUUGAUGAAGAGACAAUUCAUGGAGUAUUGCUUGAUGUAGGACCUUCUUCGAUGCAGUUUGAUGAUCCUUCAAGGGGUUUUUCAGUGAACAAAGAUGGUCCAUUAGACAUGAGGAUGGAUGGACAGACUUCCUGUAGUAACAAAAGAAGUGCUACAUUCACAGCUGCAGAUGUUGUUAAUACCAUUGGAGAACAGGAACUUGUAUCUGUAUUGAGAAACUAUGGAGGAGAAAAGGAUGCAGGGAGAAUAACACGAGCCAUUAUCAAAGCAAGAGAAAAAGAAGAAAUAAUUACUACUAAACAGCUUGCUACUGUUGUUUCAAACGCAGUCGGAUUUGGUCGCAAGGACAAACUAAAUCGUUUYGCCCAUCCUGCCACAAAAACGUUUCAAGCAUUACGUAUUUUAGUUAACGAUGAACUCAAUGAACUUCAAAAGGCUUUAAAAGCUGCCCAAAAGCUUCUAGUUCCCGGAGGAAGACUGGUUGUGAUUUCGUUUCACUCUGUUGAGGAYAUCAUUGUAAAGCAUUUCCUUAAAGAUCCUCCUGUYGAGUCUAUMUCAAGGCGUAAGGCUCAGUUGUCUCCUAAGAACUCUGCAUGGUUACCUUUAAACAAGAAAGUAGUUUGCCCAUCAGAUCAAGAACUUCUUUGUAACCCACGAUGUAGGUCAGCAAAACUACGCGCAGCCGUCAAAACCAAUAAYACAGUCCUUAGUUUAAAUCAGUUGACGCAUAUUCUAGAUGAAGUAGCAAAAGGAACUGUUAAGGAGGGACCUACUCAUUAAGUAUUGUCAUGUUAGUAUAUUUACUUAUACGAGUUGAGUGAAUAAUAUCUACAGCUCUACAGCACUGAUUUUGAAUCAUCAGUUUGCUUGUCCGUGUAAAGUUAGCAAUUCUGGAUAGCAUAGCGAUAAGCAUGAGCAUGAGCAUAAUGAGAACAAAACUAUGAAAAGUUAUGGGACUGUUUUCAUUGUUUCAUUAGCAUAGCAAUCGUUACGUGUGCUUAUAGGGGCUGUGCAAUAAUAACCAGGAAGGGGGGUUGAUCUUCACAGGCGGUGCAUAGUCUAAACUUAUGACUUGAAAGAGGGGGGGCAAUGUCCAAGUAAAUCAAAAAAGGAGAGCCGGGGGGGAUAACAUCUAACUUUAAUUUGAAAAACUCAACAAACCAUUAACCAGUAUGAUAAUUUUAUAAUUUGGUAAUUUUUUGUGUCGGUGAUAGAUUUUUU